UGUGAAAGCAGUCUAUCAUGAAAACUUUAUUGGUUCUCUGUGUUUUAGGCAUCGCAGUCUUGGAAAGUUUCGUACACGGUUGUAACGACAAAAGACGAUACUGUACCGUCAUGGCAAAAAUGGGAUACUGCAAUAAGAAAAGUGUCUCAAAACAUCUGAGAAGGAACUGCAAGAAAAGCUGUAGUUUGUGCGGCGGUGGAAGCGGUGGAGCAGGACAGUGUGGAUUCAAGCCCGGUGCGCGAAUUGUCGGUGGCACCGAGGCCCCUGAAAGAGCUUGGCCGUGGCAGGCCCAAAUCCUAUGGUCAACUUCUGGUAAUCAAUUUUGUGGAGGAACUUUGGUCCAUCCCCAGUGGGUUGUUACAGCUGCACACUGCGUUGACAAGGAAAUUGCCUCAAAUAUCCGUGUAAGACUUGGAGCCCAUUACCGAAAUCGCAGAUUAAAAACGGAACAGGAGUUCCAGAUCAAAAAAGUGAUUUAUCACAACAGCUACGGGAAACCGAAAGGUUUUGCUCAUGAUAUCGCCUUGUUGAAACUGAUCAGGCCUGCUAAAAUUAGCCAAGCCGUCAAACUGGCUUGCCUGCCUGGUUCAAAGGGUCGAGUUCGAGAUGGGAAGAUGUGUUGGGUUACAGGCUUUGGACAUUUGUCGUAUGAAGGUUCUCCAUCGAGUGUUCUAAUGCAGGUCUCAGUUCCAAUUGUCAGUGACAGAGAAUGCAAAAAGGCUUACGGAGAACGCAUCCACAAGUCAAUGGUAUGUGCUGGACUUCCACAAGGUGGAAAAGACGCGUGUCAGGGAGAUUCGGGAGGUCCAAUGGUGUGUGAGUACGGUGGAAAGUUCUUCCUCGAGGGUAUUACUUCGUGGGGAGUUGAGUGCGCAGCUCCUGGGAAAUAUGGUGUUUACGCCAAGGUCCGAUACCUGAGGCCGUGGAUCGAUCGUGUUAUGCGAAAAAAUUGCUGUCGUUCAGCUUACGAUAAUCGAGAUAAAAGAAAUGGAGCUAAGCAUAUCUUCACUUGCUAUUUUGAAGCGAGUUUGAUCUCAAUCAUGAAGUUCACGAUGAAGUUCCAUGUCUUGGCCAUUGCUGUCUUUGCCAUUCCUGCAAUAUUUGCUGAGGUUUGUGAGGACAGAACAGUAAACUGUGCUGAUUACGAAAGUUAUUGCAAAGUAACCAAUUGGGUAGAUUACAUGCAAAGAAACUGCAAGAAAACCUGCGGCUAUUGUAACGGCGGAGGAAACGGCGGCGGAGGCGGUGACGGUGGAAAUGGUGGUGGCGGAGGAGGAGGCGGUGGUGGUAACGGUGGAAACGGUGAGUGUGGAUAUAAACCAAGCGCUCGAAUUGUUGGUGGCAGUGAAGCACCCAAAGGAGCUUGGCCGUGGCAGGCCCAGGUCAGAUCAAGAUCCGGUUUUACAUUUUGUGGUGGAACUUUGGUUAGCCCUCAAUGGGUUGUUACAGCAGCUCAUUGCACGUCGGGUAAAUCUUCCUCAAGCAUUCGUGUAAGACUUGGGGCACAUUACCGCAAAGGUAACGAAGGCUAUGAACAGGAUUUUGAAGUGGAACGAAUCAUUAAUCACCAUAGCUACAAAAGACCUUACGGCAUGGCCCACGACAUUUCUUUGUUAAAACUGCGCAGGCCUGCUCAGAUAAACAGACAUGUAAAAUUGGCCUGUUUACCAGACUCAAGUGGAGGAGACUUGGAUGGGAAGAUGUGUUGGGUUACAGGAUUCGGUACUCUGUCCUCAGGCGGCUCUUUGGCUCAAAUGCUCAUGCAAGUUGACGUACCAAUUGUCCCACAGUCCCAGUGUAAGCAGGCAUAUAGUUCCAUUCACGAUUCCAUGAUAUGCGCUGGAUUGUCCGAAGGAGGUAAAGAUUCCUGCCAAGGAGACUCAGGUGGUCCUUUGGUAUGCGAAUUUAAUGGCAGGUUCUUUCUCGAGGGAGUUGUAUCGUGGGGACAUGGCUGUGCUGCUCCGGGGAAAUAUGGCGUUUACGCCAGGGUCCGUUACUUGAGGCAAUGGAUUGACAGUACAAUAAGCAGUUAUUAA